UGUUCUCCGGUAAUUUUUCCACUUUCAAUCCCUGAAAAAGUCAAACCGAAAAAACCGAUCGUAUAAAAGGACUCAAACAUCUUAGCCUGCUCGUUAAACCCGUCAAUCUCCAACAUCCAUCCGAUUAUCGAAACUCGAACUUCCGCCGGCACAUAAUGGCAGAAGACCAACCCCAAUCGGCAAAACCCGAGACGACCCAAGACCCAGCAGAUGAGCUGCUGCUGCCCAUCUCGCUGUCCGACGUAACGCUACGGCCUCUAACGCUCGACGAUGUCGAUGACAUGAUGGUGUGGGCCAGUGACGGCAAGGUUGCAAGAUUCUGCAGGUGGGAACCGUACCAAUCCCUGGACGCUUUGGCCGACUACAUCAGAAACGUGGUCCUACCUCACCCAUGUUUCCGGGCAAUCUGCCUACGGUGCAGGCCGAUAGGGGAGAUAUCGGUGACUGAGAAUACGGGCGGUGACCGAUGCCGGGGGCAGCUGGGGUAUGUGCUGGUGUCCCGGUAUUGGGGCAAGGGGAUCGUCACCAAGGCCGUGGAGUUGGCGGUGGCGUUGGUCUUCCGAGAGCGGCCAGAGCUGGAGAGGGCGGAGGCACUGGUGGACGUGGACAACGUGGCGUCGCAGAGGGUGCUGGCGAAGGCUGGGUUCACCCGGGAGGGCGUGCUCAGGAAGAAUUGUGUGCUCAAGGGCAGGACCCGCGACAUGGUGAUGUUCAGCCUCUUAUCCACUGAGCAACUCCAACAACUGUUGCAUUGCCAUUGGGUAUUGUAAACGACAUACAUAUAGAUGUAUAUAUAUUUGGCAUUUCCAUAUCCUUCAAUGAAUGAUAAGAUAAAGUCAAGAUCACAUGUCUGACGUGCCAUAAACUUUUACAAGGAGAGCAAUAUGACCGGUUGACCUCGGAUUUUUCCCGAGUUUCUCCAGUCUUUUGCGAUAUGUAAAGUGUAGCUGUGUCAGUAAAAUUAUAUGUGCCUCAGUCUCCCAGUUCUGGUCUUAAGGGGAUUGGUUCAUUAAGUACUGGCCAGACAACAUUGACAAUAUGUAAUUGCUUGAAGAUUACACUAUCCUACAGUUACUCGAGAACAGGAAGAAUAUUAUUCUGCAUCUCAGAAAUACUGAAAGUUUUCGAUGUGUUGUCUUGCUACAUCCUGAAUGGUUGAAGAUUCAGUGCCCGGCAAACAUUUACAGAAGGUUGAGUAAUGCUCUCAAUCUUUGAUUCAAGCUCUCCCCAGGAAGCUUUAUCAUGAUUAUGGUCUUAAUACUGUAAAAACCUGUUGGAAUCUCAGCAUGAUAGGGUUGGGCUGAGUUGAGCUGAGUUUGAGGCAACGUUUGAUUCUUUCAACUAACAAAAUGAUUUCUGAUCCUGUCUGAAGGGGGCUUUUAUUUCUUUAUCUUGUCCAUCUUUGUCCAAUGAUUUUUUCUGUUCAGGCGUACGGUUGGUGAUCUGUACUCCCUGAUAUGUAUGAUAAUGAGAAGGUGCGUCUUUAUAUCGGCAUUGUUCUUCUAUUGAUACAUUAUUUCUGUGUUACUUUUGCCUCAGUUGCUGUCAAACCUCUUGUGUAGAACUCAUGUUGCAUAAUAUGUAUUCAGACAACCAUAGAUAAAAUUUUAUUAAGCAAUGGGAAGAGAAGAGAUUCUCUUCAGCAAUACAAUUCGGUGUAUGUAUCAGCCCUCGAGGGGCUAACCAAAAAUUGUACAAAAUCAACAACUCUUGUGAAAAGGUUCAAAACUCAAACUAACUAUAAACAUAAACAUAUCUGUUGGUGUGCAAGUGUGCAAUCUUAGUAGGUCGACCAGGUGGAGCCAUAUGAAGCAGCAAAGAGCAGGACGAAGAAGAGUGGACCAGAGAGCCUUAUGGAUGUUCCUUCUGACGAGCCGUCUCCUUCUGUUGAUGGCGCCAGGAAGGGCCAUGGCCUGGGUCUGAUUAAUGGUGAUGCCGAGGGAGGAGGCGCCCCCAUUGAGGACCUGGCAGGGGCACUGGGGCUGCGAUCGGACGAUGCUGUCAAGCUGUGAGCAGCAGUUGGAGGAUGGGGUGGACGAGUUUCCACUGAUGUAGUUGAGGCACGGGAACAUGCUGAUGAGCACGUUGGUACAGUCCGAGCUCGACUGUGCUGCCGCACCAGCCCAGAGGGUAGCUGCUGCCACAACCAGGACGGCAACGAGGCCAAUCUUCAUUCUCCUUCCGGCCAUUUCAGGGGGCUUAGUGCUGUAAGUUUGCUUAACUGACAAGGAAUGAAGUAUUUGGAUUCGGAGUUGUUUGUUUUCCUGCAACCGUGGAGUGUGGGGAGGAAGAGCGGGGAGUUCGGGCUCUUAAGUAGCCGAGACGGUGGAAGAAGUGACAAAAGGUCAUAUUCUAUGGGCGAUCAAACGUCUGUUGAGUUGGUUUUUGCUGGUGAGCUACCUUUGCACAUCUAUCUAUCUAAUUGACGAAUCUGUUUAAAGUGAAAGAGGAUUUGCUUUGUGGUUCAUUGGGCUGUUUCAAAAGCGGAGAAUUUUUGUGGAGCCUGCAGUGGGAACGCAAAGAAGCAAACAGCAGGGUUCAAUUGGACGUGUCCAUGUCUCUCUUCGGAGCUUUCCCUGUUGCCGUUCUUUUCCCUUUUUCUUUCUGUGGUUUAUUUCGGCGAACGAAUAAAAUUGAGUUCUUAUGGAAGGAGAUAUGGCUGGAGAAUCAGAUUCAAAUGUGUAUCUUUCAUUAUAACGAUCAUGAUGUCUUGGACUCAGUAUAGUCGAGUUCGAAUAUUUCUGGACAACCAUGAAAAGUAAAUCCUGUUUAUGUGCUUGAGGCUGGAUUGUUCCAACAGCAGCAAAUACAUUUCUAAUGAUAGAAUUAGUUGGACACUUUUCAAUAUUU